AAAUCUUAAAAUAACCAACCAAGAAGAAAAACUAGAAUAAACACACAAAAUCUAAACUUAUAACUUCCACAAUCAUAGAGAAAAAUCAAAAUACCAUACUAACACUAACUUAAUAAAAGUUUGGCACUGAAAAGAGAUCAACAAAAAAGACUAACUGACCUCAUCUUACCAAAGAAUAUUUUGGCUAAAACAAGCAGAGAUCAGAAAAUAGUAAAAAAUAAAACCAGAGACAAAGAAAUCCUCCGAACACAAAGGAGCGCGAUCAAUCACCAGCGCAAAAAACCAAAAAAGUGGGUCAUAUGAAUAAUCAUCGGAAGACCAAAAUCACCACGAAGCAGAAAGACAGAUGCCUAAAACACCAGAAGCACAACCACCAACUAAGAGGUAAGAAACACCUCACAACCUAAACAAACACUUACAAGGCGCACAUACCAGCAAAGAACUACAAACUCUGAAUUGAAAGGACCAAAGCUCCGAAAGAUUAACUCCGCACAUCUAUACCAAAGGAAGAAGGAAAAAAAUAGAAAUAAUCUGAGGGACAAGAAUGAAAGCCAACCACCAAAAAAUUAGAGCUCAAGUUUGAGACCAGAAACAACCUUUCAAAACACAUAACAUAUAAAGAACACACUAUCCAAACUUGGAGUGACAAACAUGGCGAAAGGUAGAGCCACUAGAGACACGAACAUCGAUGGAAGGUACAACGAGAUGAAAAAAAAAGAAAAAAGAAGACGAAACGAUAUUAGUAAACUGUAGAGCUAUUCUCGAGAUAUGAAAGAGAACAUAUAAGUCAGAUCACUAAAAACCAUAUCUUGAAAACCAAAAAGAGAAGAGAAUAUCAACGGCAAGCCAAUGACGAGGAAGACAAAAUCAAAGACAACUAUAACUAAUAUUUGACCCAAUCCAAUGAGAUGUAUUUUCUAAUAUUAGCCAAAAUCUAAAGAAGAAGAUGACCAAUAUUGACCGGAACAAUCUACAACGCUGUGAGAAACAAAUGCACAACUGUAAACUCAUAAGUCUGAUCUACAACAAAUAUCAGAUAAUCUCACAAAAGAAGAAUGAGAGAAAAAACAAGAGCACGAAAGUGACUUUUUCCGGUUAUGGUGAGAAACACCGCACACCAAAAAGGUAAACAAAAUACAUAAGCGUAGACGGCUCAAAGUCAAAAGAUGGGAAAAGCAAAAAAUAUCUCAAAAUAAUAAUGUGAAAAAUGUGAAACAUCAGAAAGUCACUUCACCAUUAACAAGUACUACUAUACACAACAAUACAUUAGUGAAAAACAAACAUAUAAUAUAUUAACAUAUUGCCUAUUACUACAUAACAUAAUAAAACAACAAACAAUAUUUUAAAAUAAAAACUGAUCACAUAAUUACAUCAUCUAAAAAAUCAUACUUAAUAACAAUGAAAUAAUCGCGCGCGGACACCCCUAGUAUUAAUAAGUAUAAUUUUGUGUUAUUAACAUUGAGAAAAGAUGCCUAAAAAAACAAAAAGAAGAGAAGUGUCACAUUCGGGCUCUGACUCUGAGACGUAAUAAGUGGGGUCUAGAUGCUAAAGCACGCGCGCACGCCACGUGGAGCCCACUCGUUGACAUAAUGUGACCGUAAAAAUAUAACGGUGAAGGUCAUAGCCAAAGGGGGCAAAAACUCAAAUCAAGACAAUAAAAAUAUCUCAAAGUGGUCUGUGACUCUGAUUGUGACCGUGACGCCCUGCUUAAAAUAAGUCAAAUACCAUUUCAACCUCUUUCUUCCAUUUUCAUGGCUUUUAUAUAUACUAAGAAAGUCAAUUUGUAUUCUUUUGUUUUUGUCAACCGGGAAAAGUUUGGUUCAUCCUCUAUUUUUUUCCUAGACGUGAAACUAGCAGUUGCUAAUAUCUCAAGACAUGGUAUAAAGUAUACUUUUCCAGCGAGAAUCAAAUUAGAAACACAAAUGAUUUUUUUUUUGUUUUUGUUUUUGUUAAGCCACUAGCUCAAUGCACUGUUGAUAAGUCAAUUUGUAUUUUCUUAUUUGUUCGUGUGUUACUUCUAAAUGUGUAAUACAUUUCACUAUAAACAUGUUGAACUUUCCUUUUCGUAUACAAAUAUAAGGUUACAGGCCUAAAUCCUAUAAAUCCUCCUAGAAUGAGUAUACUUGACUACUUGUUAUAUACUUAUAAAACAUAAUUUCAUUCCUCAUAUUCUAUUUGAUAAUAUGUUUUAACUGAAUGUAAAUGAAAUAUUUAUACCACAAUUAUAUUGAAAUUCUUAUAAGAUAUUUAUUUUGAAACAUAAUGUUAAAACGUCAAUAAAUUUAUACUAAAGGAAAUGAUAUUUUGGUUUUAGUUUUCUAAUUAUCAGUAAAUGAAUUGAAAGUCGUUGUAAAAAGCUUCUGGCAUAGUGAUAAACAUAUGGUGGAAAGCUUUUUAUACUAGAUAGUUUGAUUCUAUUGCAGAUUAGUAGAUAUAAAUUUUCUGAAGUCUCAUGUGUGGCGUAGCAAGAUCUAUUAUAAUGUUAAUUAACAAAUGUUCAUCGUGAACAUGAUGCGUGUACGUUUGUUACGAAUCCUCAUGAUGCCGAUACAAUUUUCGUUAUAGAGUCGUUUGUGAAAGUGCUAACAAUAUGUUUUUCAUGUGUUUCAAGUAGCUAAUUCGUUUACUCUGAAUAAUAAAACGGUGCAUGUUUUCAUAAGAGGGAUUGAUUUUUCAUUGUUCUUCCAGAACGUACUUUCUACAAUACUUAAAGGAAACUUUACCCAAAGAUAAAUGAAAUACUAGCAUAGAAAUAGUAUUAUUUAAAGUAAUAGCAAUGGAAAAAAAAAUUCGAGAAAAUUACAAGUUGGGUAUGACGUAUGUAAAAGAGUCAGCGAGAGCCACCUGAAAAAUGUCAACCGGUUUUUUCACAAAUAGUUAACGAAAACCCUACCAGGAAAAAAAUAAAAUAUCCAUUAUAAAUUGACAUAUUUUUAUAACUAUAAGUAUCUCUCUCGUGUGGAUCAUCAUCAUUUCAUGUGAAGCACAAUCUGAGAAGACACAACAAAUCAAAGAUCCAUCAUCGAUCUCACCAACAUAUAUAUUAAACGCUUUGUGAUUCCAAAAAAAAAGCCAUGGGAGAUCAUCAUGAUUUCAUCAACUCAGGAAGCUGGUGGAAAGUAUCUUCUUCUUCCUCAACAUCUUCUUCCAUGAGAGCAAGCUCAAUUGUAUCUGGCGGUUCUGAUGUUUUCGACGAAAAGCUUCAUUCUUCAUUAGCUACUGAUCAUCAUCUACAAAUGAUUGGUUUAGGGCUUUCUUCACAGUCACCUGUUGAUCAAUGGAACCAACCUCUCUUAGGAGAUAGUAAAGCGGAGACAAGCUUUGGAGUGAUGCUUCAAGAGAAUCUCAAUUUAGAUGCCACCUCAAACGCAAACGCCAUUCAAGAAUCUGAUUCCUCUAACCACCAAGCUUUGUGGCGAGAUACACAGAUCAAUAAUAGCGAUUUCAAACCGCAGCUAAAUAUGACGAGCAGCAACCGCGGUUUUUUCUUGGAACAUCAGUUCAGCCCUCACGGGAGCUCAAGUACAGACAGUAGCACGGUAACAUGUCAAGGCUUCGCUGUUGACAACUCGUUGUACGGAACAGCAACAACUCCUAGUUCCUCUUCGGCUAUGUUUCAUCAAGGAGCUGGUUUUAAUUUGCCUGGCUCUUCCGACCAACAACCGUUGAGGAAUCAUCAGCAACCAAAUCUUGGGUACGGAAACUAUGAUCAGCUGGCAUCGACUUGGUUUUCAAGAUCUUCGCCGCCUAAACCAAACAGUCCUCUGCGAUUCUCUAACAACGCAACGUUUUGGAACCCAGCGGCAACGGCUGGAAACGUGGGUCCUACUCAUCAUGACGCGUCGUCGAACUUUUUUCCGGCGUUACAGCCGCCGCAGAUUCACGCGCCGAGUUUUGAUAAACAAAAGAGUAUAACGAAGGUUCCUGAUUCGAGGAGCAAUGAAGUAAAGAAAGGUGGAGCAGAUCAGCCGGCGGCUAAGAGAGCCAAGAGCGAAGCACCGUCUCCGUCACCAGCUUCCAAGGUCAGGAAAGAGAAAAUGGGCGACAGAAUCGCUGCGCUCCAACAAUUGGUUUCACCUUUCGGAAAGACUGACGCAGCCUCAGUGCUCUCUGAAGCCAUUGAAUACAUUAAGUUCUUACACCAACAAGUUUCAGCUCUGAGUAACCCAUAUAUGAAAAGUGGAGCAUCUUUACAGCAUCAACAGAUGAGUCAUCAUCACAAAGAACUAGAAGUUUCAGAAGAACCAGAUCUUAGAAGUCGAGGUUUAUGCUUAGUGCCAGUUUCGAGCAUAUUUCCAGUGACGCAGGAUACUACAGUAGAUUUCUGGACUCCUACGUUUGGUGGGACUUUUAGAUAGAUUGAUAUACAGAUGAAAAAGUUAUGUUAGAUGUCGGUUGACGUAUAAUUUAACCUACAUAUACGUUGAUUAAUUGCUAAUAAGAGAAAACCACCGAUUUUAGUCGAAGUGAGAAGAUCGAUUAAUGGACAACUGAAAAGUGUUUGUCCAUUCAUAUUUUAGAUUUAUAACUAAACUUUAAAAUAAUGUGUAAUUGAAGAAAUAUGCUUAUAUAUAGAGGAUAUGUAAGAUCUAAAGAGAUUUGACAUGUAUUUCUUUUUCGUUUCAAAAGUUUAACUCAAAACA